CGAGCCAGUCGGGAGCGCGCGAGACCCGGGGAGCCUGGGACCCGGAGCGAGAGCUGCCACCUGCAGCCGCCGCCCACCGACGGCAGCCACCAUGGCGCUCCUGCUGCGCUUCGUGCUCCUGUGCGGAGUCGCGGAUUUCACCAGAAGUUUGAGUAUCACUACUCCUGAACAGAUGAUUGAAAAAGCCAGAGGGGAAACUGCCUAUCUGCCAUGCAAAUUUACACUUAGUCCUGAAGACCAGGGACCACUGGACAUCGAGUGGCUGAUAUCACCAGCUGAUAAUCAGGUGGUGGAUCAAGUGAUUAUUUUAUAUUCUGGAGACAAAAUGUAUGAUGACUACUAUCCAGAUCUGAAAGGACGAGUGCAUUUUACAAGUAAUGAUCUCAAAUCUGGUGAUGCAUCAAUAAAUGUAACGAAUUUACAGCUCUCAGAUAUUGGCACAUAUCAGUGCAAAGUGAAAAAAGCUCCUGGUGUUGCAAAUAAGAAGUUUCAGCUGGUAGUUCUUGUUAAGCCUUCAGGUACAAGAUGUUAUGUUGAUGGAUCAGAAGAAAUUGGAAAUGACUUUAAACUAAAAUGUGAACCAAAAGAAGGUUCACUUCCAUUACAGUAUGAAUGGCAAAAAUUGUCUGACUCACAGAAAUUGCCCACUUCAUGGUUAUCAGAAAUGGCUUCAUCUAUUAUAUCUGUAAAAAAUGCCUCUUCUGAGUACUCUGGGACAUACAGCUGUACAGUCAGAAACAGAGUGGGCUCUGAUCAGUGCCUGUUGCGUUUAAACGUUGUUCCUCCUUCAAAUAAAGCUGGACUAAUUGCAGGAGCCAUUAUAGGAAUUUUGCUUGCUCUGGUGCUCAUUGGUCUUAUCAUCUUUUGCUGUCAUAAAAAGCGCAGAGAAGAAAAAUAUGAAAAGGAAGUUCAUCAUGAUAUCAGGGAAGAUGUGCCACCUCCAAAGAGCCGUACGUCCACUGCCAGAAGCUAUAUAGGCAGUAAUCAUUCAUCCCUGGGAUCCAUGUCUCCUUCCAACAUGGAAGGAUAUUCCAAGACUCAGUAUAACCAAGUACCAAGUGAAGACUUUGAACGCACUCCUCAGAGUCCCACUCUCCCACCAGCUAAGGUAGCUGCCCCUAAUCUAAGUCGAAUGGGAGCGGUUCCUGUGAUGAUUCCAGCACAGACCAAGGAUGGGUCUAUAGUAUAGAACCUCCGUAUGUCUCAUCUGUGCUCUCCAUGUUUCUUUCCUUUUUUUUUUUUUUUUUUUUUUUUUUUUGAUAUAUGAAAACCUAUUCUGGUCUAAAUUUUGUUACUAGCCUCAAAAUAUAUAUAUAAAAAAACAGGAACUGUAAGAAAUAUAUUUUUAAAAAUUUUUCUUUGGUUAUAUUGAAAUAGUUACAGGCAUUAAAGUUAGUAAAGACAAGUUUACCAUCUGAAAAAGCUGGAUUUUCUUUAAGAGAUUAAUUUUCAAGAUUUCUGAAUAUUAGUACCUAAGUAAAUGUAGCACUUUGAUUAUGAAAUCAUAGGUGAAGAAAUUGGUUAACUUACUUGCAUAUCAAGUUGAUACUUGAAUAACCAUCUGAAAGUGGUACUUUAUAAUUUUUACCAUUAUUUUUAGGAUGUGUAUCUCAUUUAUUUAUGUCCCAGCAGUCUCCCCCAAAUUAGUAAGAUAACAUCCAUAACGAAAUUACUUAUGUAUGUGUGUGCUUGUUUUUGUAGUUCCUUUGAAAACUCUAAAUAUGUUUGGAAUAAAACACAGAAAACUACAGUGGUUUAGAAAUUACUAGUUUUACUUUUAAGUCAUUCAUAAACCUUGUCUAUGAAAUGAUUUCUUAAAUAUUUAGUUGAUAGACUGCUACAGGCAAUAGGGACUUAGCAAGCUCUUUUAUAUGCUAAAGGAUCAUCUAUCAGAUUGAGUUGGAUGGAACGUUUGCUGUCAGCCCCAUAGGAGAUGACAUUAGGUGCAAUAGCAGGGAUAGAUUUUGUUGGUGAGUGAUCCCAUGCCUUGAGAUCUGUGGUGGUCUUCAAAAUGGUGGCCAACCAGAUCGAAGAUGUAGUAUUUCAUAGUUCCCAACUAAAGAACUGGCUUUCCACUUUAGGUGAUAUUUUUCUUAUUGGAAAAAUACUAUAAUUUAUUGAUCAUUUGACAAUUAUAGAUUGAAAUUUCCUAAUUUAUUCUAAAUUUUAAGUGGUUCUUCGGUUUCCGUGCUUUACGUUGUUUGUUGUUGUUUUUGGAUGGUGUUACAUAUUAUGUGUUCUAGAAACAUAAUCCUAAAUUUACUUCCUUGAAUACAAUCCCUGGACAAUAUUUUUAUCAUAAAUGCAGAAUAAUCAAAUACAUUUUAAGCAAGUAAGGGUCCUCCAUCAAUUCUGUAUUCCAGGCUUGGGAGGAUGUCCAGUUGCCGUUGUGUGACCAAACAUGUCUUUGUAUAGUUUCAGCAAACCAAGUCGAGCUUCGAAAAAGUUUGAGUCUUAGUUUUGUGAAAGUGAUUUAUUCUUCAAAAAAAAAAAAAAAAAAAAAAGAUGAUAAGAAAGAAAAAAGAGUAAAGGGAAUACUCCUACCUGCCAAAUGUGUUAAAUAGCAUUUUAGGAGAAGAAAGUGGAUUUAUUGUAUUUCCCUUAAGAUUGUGAGGGAGUGUGGAUAUAGUAGAAUGAGCCAACAGUUUCUUUAUAAUAAAUACGGUCUGCAAUAAAUUAUUUCACUAGCUCUAAAACCUUUCCCUAGAUUUUAGUAGGGAGUUGGUUUCUGUUAAUAUCUUUGGGUGCUGUGGUGGUAAAUGCUACAUUAUAAACGGUGGCAUGUAUUUACAAUUAGAGUAUUGUGUGUACACUUUUUAAUGGGAAACUUAAGCUGAAUGUGUAAUGAUUUGUGUAUACUUUACAUAUUUGGAAGCAUUUUAAAAGUAGGUUUUAACCUUACAUAAAAUUGCUUUUAUACUUAUGUUAACAUAUUCAUCUGUGCCUUUUGGGUGAUUUAAUUUCUAUUAUGAAUUUCUGGUGCCUAUGAGCUAGCUAUCACCUACCUGAAAGGUGCUUAGAGGUGAAGGUACUGUUUUUAAAAACACAUCACUGUGACACCUUUCUAUCCUCACAUUUUCAAGCUUGCCCCUUUUUCUGUUCUUUGUGGAUGUAACUUAAAUGAUUGUGUUAUUCAUAAAGAUUUAGAAAUUUCAAUAUCUCCAACACUCUGGCUAUGUUUCUGAUUUUAUAACAGUAGCUAUUUUUGAAUGUCAGAUGUUUGACCUGACCGGUUUUAUAUAAAUAAAGUUUAUUUUAAAAUACUAUAAAAAUAAGUCAACAGAACAUAAAUGAUGAAGUUUUGGUUCUUCCUAUUCCUGACUUUCAUAUAAUGAACAUAACCUAUUGAUCUAAGUAGAAGUUAUCAUAGAAAGUGGACAUGUAUAGCCGGCACCAUGGCUCACGCCUAUAAUCCCAGCACUUUGGGAGGCCAAGGUGGGCGGAUCACAAGGUCAGGAGUUCAAUGCCAGCCUGUCCAAUAUGGUGAAACUCCCAUCUCUACUAAAAAAAAAUACACACACACACACACACACACACACACAUAAAUUAGCCGGGCGUGGUGGUGCGUGCCCGUAAUCCCAGCCACUCGGGAGGCUAAGGCAGGAGAAUCACUUGAAGCUGGGAGGUGGAGGUUGCAGUGAGCUGAGAUCACACCACUGCACUCCAGCUAGGGUAACAGAGCAAGACUCUGUCUCAAAAAAUUAAAAAAAAAAAAAAAAAAAAAAAGACUUUCCUUCUUUUUUAUUUUUUUAUUAAGAAUACAUGAAGAACAAGAUUUUCUUCCCUUAUACUUCAUAUUUGAGAGGACAUUGUUUUAUAGGCUUAUGUCUCACCAUAAAAUUCUGUCAGCCAAAUAGUACUGCUAAAUUUUCAAGUUGUUCUCAUGGGCAAUUUCAGUUGAACCAGAGAUCAAAUAUUUGCUCCCAAAUUACUAUUGGUAAUCAAGUAGUUGAAUAAAAAAUUACUAAAGCAUUUCAGUUAAAUAGCCAAAUAACAUCAGUCAAGGACAGUACUGCAUCUUAACAGCAAAGCCAUUUGGUUCUACUUUGUGACUGAGAGACUUGAUACCAACUCUUUAGGUUACGCAGGUUAAUUUGAAGAGAAAUGUUACUGUAGAAUGUAUAGUUCCGUACUUCUUUCUUUUUAAGAGAUGAGAUUUCACUAUGUUGCCCAGGCUGGUCUCAAAUUGCCAGACUCAAGAGAUCCUCCUGCCUCAGCCUCCCAAAGUGCUGAGAUUACAGGUGUGAGCCACAGCAUCCAGCCAGUUCUGUACUUCGAAUAUGGAGUGGUUUACAACUGUUUUUCCUACUGGCAAUCUUAGCUAAUAUUACUCCCUUAUUACAGAGCCUCUCACUCCCCCAACUCCCCAAAAGUCUGUUAUUCAUUACAGUAACCAAUUAUUCUGGACAAAUUGCUUCCUUUUAAUUUGAGCUAUCUGCCAUGGACUUUCUAAAAUGGAAACACGGCCUCAGUGUAUCUUAGGGAGAGUUUGAAAAAAUCCAAAUCACAUGGCCGGGCACAGUGGUUCAAGCCUGUAAUCCCAGCACUUUGGGAGGCCAAGGCGGGUGGAUCACAAGGUCAAGAGAUCGAGACCAUCCUGGUCAACAUGGUGAAACUCCGUCUCUAAUAAAAAAUACAAAAAAUUAGCUGGGCAUGGUGGCGCAUGCCUGUAAUCCCAGCUACUCAGGAGGCUGAGGCAGGAGAAUUGCCUGAACCCAGCAGGCGGAGGUUGCAGUGAGCCGAGAUCACUGUGAGCCGAGAUCGCGCCAUUGCACUCCAGCCUGGGUAACAAGAGAGAAACUCCGUCUCAAAAAAAAAAAAAAAAAAAAUCCAAAUAGAUUAGGGAUAUAAAGAGAUAACCUGAUUUUUAUUAGAAAGAUAAUUUUUAAAUUUAAGAGUUAAUCUUGGAAAUUUGGAACAAGUAAAGGGGCAAGUAAACAUUUUGAUUAAAUAUUAAAGGAACUCAUUGCAUGAAGUUGACUAUCAAAUUCUGUGAUGUGUGGCUUCUUAAAAAUAUUCUCAGUGUCUUUUGUGUGUGUGCAGCAUGUACAUUUGAUGUUAUGUGAGUGUUAUGAGUUUUUUCUUCUAAUUUUCACUUCAGCAGUGUUUAGGGCUUUCAGAUGCCUUAUUCCAGUGUGAACAGAAAAAGUCCAUAUUUUAUGUGGUUAAUGCUUUGAUGUGUCACAUAAAGGGUAGUUUGUAGAAAAUGUUGGCACAAUUUUAACUUCUUAGUGGCUUGUGGCAUUAUAUAUUAUAUAUAUGUACAUAUAUCUUUAUAGCAUUCCUGUGUUUAGUAGUGUAAAUGUUCUGGGCAAGUUUUAAUAUAUUGAAUGCCUUUGGAUAUUCCAGCAAUAAAGGCAUUAUGUUCUGCAAUAGGAUUUCUUACUCAUUUGCCUAUUUUAACACUAAAAUAGGCCAUAACUGAGCACAAAUUCCUUUUAUAAACGUUAGAUAAGCAGGGAAAAAUAAUAAACAAAUUUGUGAAUUGUGGUUCUGUUUAUUUAUCUUUAGGGAAGGCCAAUCAUUUAUCUUAACAGCAGAGAAUACCAGCCUCUUAUUCAUUAAAAUCAAAUUUUAUAAAUUAUUUUAUAAUCUAAGAAUACAGUGCACAUCAGUUGGGUUUGGUUUUGGUCAUCAACACUAAAAGUUCCAUCAAAGAAGAACUUUAUGUUUUCCGCUAACUUAUUUAAUGACUCAAGUUUUAAGAGAACCACAAUUCAUUGAUUCACUUAUUUUUGUCCCUAACUAUGAAUUUUAGUGAUAAAUACACUUGUACUACUGAGAAAAAUAUUUUGACACUUCAUGUGUGCAAAGUAUAGAAUUGAUAGUGUCAGUUUCAGAUUUUGUAUUUACGAUUUCUGGCUUAUAUAUCCAAUGGUGCAGAUUAUAAAAUUUGUAAGAACAAAAUUUGUUAAGAAAAACAACUUGCUCUAGUUUUGUGACCUUGUGUACUUUUGAAAUAAAAUCAAGAAAGCAGU